AUGAAUCGUCGAGUCAAGAAGCGUUCAGCGCCACUCUCACCACCACCGACCAAAGUACCCUAUCACUCACCUGCUUCAUCCAAUGAUCUCCGUAAACAACUGCAACAACAAGUACAACACUACCAACAACGUCAACAACAUUUGACCAGCAUGAGGAUUUUUCCUCAAAAUCUGAGCAAGCAAGUUCCACAGCAAAUAAUGUGUCCGGAUUGUGCAAGUAAAUUCACGACGUUGCGUGAGUUGAUUUCGCAUGCACGCAGUUUGCAUUCAGCCCCCAAUAAACAAUUUCAAAUUCGGAACGAAUGUUUGAGUGGUGCUGAAUUCAAGAAGUGGAUGAGUACGAAACGUUGUGACCUGAUCGGACCGGUGGUGUUGCUGAAUCGACAAGCCGAUGUCACCGAUUAUCGUUGCUCAUUUGUUCCAUUAAGAAAAUCAAACCCAGUCGGCGGCAACGGGACGGCCGAUAAUUGUCGUCCGGUUUGUACGGCAUUCUUGACCACCACAACGCUCUCGAAUGGUUUCGUGCAAACCGAAUAUUGUAUCGAUCAUUUAGGACAUGACCGUCAACAGCCGAAUACAUCACAUUCAUCAAGCCACUCAUAUAGCCCAACAAUAAGCGAUCGCUCGAAAUCGGUCACUCCCAAACAACAACUGGACAGCAGUGCUUCGAAAACUGUUGAAAACAGUCCGUUGUCGAAGGCAAAUUCGAAGGUGCUUGCAGCGUCACUGCUGCAAUCAGCUCCAACGGUCUCUUCGAAACAGCCACGCAUAGAGCCUGAGUCAGAACAACAGAGACAUUCGGCAACUCCAAUAUCCACGAGAAGUAGCCCAAGAAGAACUCCAGUAUCAUCAGUGACUAGCCCGAGAAGAGCUUCAGUAUCAUCAAUGGGUAGCCCGAGAAGAACUCCAGUAACAUCAGUGACUAGCCCAAGAAGAGAAUCUGUAAAGAGCACACCAAUAUCAGCGAAACAACUAGACGAGCAGACUUUGAUUACACUUCCGCAAGAAGAUGAUAAGAAAUCAACAACUGAGAAUAAUGGAAUGGAGAUGGACGAAUUUCUAGUGGAAAAAAUAACGGACAAGCGCAUAUCGGAUGGAGUAUUGCACUAUCGAGUGAAGUGGAAGGGAUAUGAGAACGAUUCAGAUGAUACUUGGGAACCGUUGGAUAAUUUGGUUGGAGGUGACGCGAUGUCUCUUAUAACUGAAUUCGAGCGGUCUCUUAAUAAAGUAACUGGUGAUGAUAAUGAUGAUAAUAAUAAUAAUAAUGAUGAUGCAUCAACUGCAAAAACUGCACAGAUUUCCGAGAUACCGAACGCAUCGCCAAGUGCACAUUCCCAGGAAAUAUCUCAACAACAGACGUCUUCACCAAGAAAAUCAACAAACAGUCGCAAGAAUUCUGCUCAAAGUAAUAUAUCGAAUACUAGUCAGAUGAUGGACUCACCGAGUGUUACCAAAAUGGGAUCACCAAACAAACAAGCUGUCACUGUGGAAGACGUUGAUGAGAGUGCCAAAAAAGAACGAUUGAAACAGGUUGAUGAAAUGGCAGUACCAACGGUGCGUAGUGCAACGAGGCAACCGGGCAUAUAUGGAAUACACGAGGGACAUAAGAUCAGUAAAGUCGUUGGUUUAUGGGCUGGUCAUAUGACCGAAAAGAAUCUCAUCGCUAUUGUUCAAUACGACGAUUCCAGUUAUGAACUUAUACCUACUAACAUUCUGAUUGAUUUCGCUCCAAAGAUGUUGUUGAAGUAUUAUGAAAGUCGACUGAAGUUCGAUUGA